AUGUUAUUCGCAAGGCUUACAGAAGAAGUUCAAGCAGAUGUGUUUCUCAAGUUACCAUUGAAAUCCAUCGGUAAAUGUAGGUGCGUAUGCAAACUCUGGCGUAAUCUACUUUGUAGUUCUGGAUUUGUAAAGUAUCACCUUGAUUCUUCUAUGCAAAGCGAUAACCCUAGGUUAAUGAUUACAGCUACCAUGAACCAUAAGCAAGAUGUACUUUACUCCAUAGAUUAUGCUUCAACGUUAUCAUCUGCAUCGCUAUCGAUCAAAACAAUAAAUAACAAAUCAUCAUGUGCAUCGUCACGAGCAUGUGAAUGUAAGGAGGUUGUCAGGAUGUAUUACCCAUUCGAAUAUGACCAAGGUGGGGGUUCAGUUCAUAUUUUGGGAUCUUGCAAUGGCUUGAUUUGUUUAGCUACUUCUAAUUAUCCAUUUGGAAGUGAUUUGGGUUAUAGAAUUUGCAUUUGGAAUCCAUCAACUAGAGAGUAUAAGAAAAUACUCAGUGAUAUUGAGUUCAAGUAUCGUUAUAGAUAUGGGUUUGGUUACGAUCAGAACAUUGACGAUUACAAGGUCGUAAGCAUUUUGGAGGAUAUUGAAAAACCUGGUUAUUUUCAAGCUCAAGUCUAUGCAAUAAAAUCAGAUACAUGGACUACUAUUCAAUCCAUCCCUUAUUUGUUUCCCUUUCGUGGAAUUCAAUUUCCCAGCGUGCUUUUCGAUGGAGCUCUUCAUUGGUUAGGUGUUACCACCACAAAAGAAACUAAUUCAGAAGUUAUUGUUUCUUUUGAUAUCAGCAAUGACAGAUUCAGGGAUGUAGGUAUUCCAGAAGAGGCUAUGACACCUCCGAUAGGUGUUUCAUCGGGUAAAAAUUUGGGGGUGGUCAGACUCGUGAGAGAUUGCCCGUGUUUAGCUGUUCGUAUCUCUUGUAUGUGCUAUGUUUUCUGGGUUAUGCAAGAUUAUGGAGUGAAAGAGUCAUGGACUAAACAAUUCAACAUUGCCCAAGAGACAAUUGCUAAGUACGAUUUUUGGAAUUCAAAGCCGAUAUGGUUUUUGAAAAAUGGCAGAGAUACUGAUGAAUAUUUCUGCAGGUUUUGUUUUAUACGACCCAAAGAAUGA